GUUUCUCCGGGCGCUCCGGGAGCUGACCGAGAGGGCCUCCGCCCAGCAGCAGACGCCGUCUCGGCCGGCCGACCCGCACAGUCUCCGCGGUGCGUGAGUGAGCCCGGGCCUGGUCCCCUCUCCCGCCGCCGCCAUGGGCUGCACGCUGAGCGCCGAGGACAAGGCGGCGGUGGAGCGGAGCAAGAUGAUCGACCGCAACUUGCGCGAGGACGGGGAGAAAGCGGCGAAAGAAGUGAAGCUGCUGCUCCUCGGUGCUGGAGAAUCUGGUAAAAGCACCAUUGUGAAGCAGAUGAAAAUCAUUCACGAGGACGGCUAUUCGGAGGAAGAAUGUAAACAGUAUAAAGUGGUUGUCUACAGCAACACGAUACAGUCCAUUAUUGCCAUCAUACGCGCCAUGGGGCGGCUCAAGAUUGACUUUGGGGAAGCGGCCAGAGCAGAUGAUGCCCGACAGUUAUUUGUCUUAGCUGGCAGUGCUGAGGAAGGAGUCAUGACCCCAGAACUGGCAGGAGUGAUUAGACGGCUAUGGCGAGAUGGUGGCGUGCAGGCUUGCUUCUGCAGAUCCAGGGAGUACCAGCUCAACGAUUCUGCCUCAUAUUACCUAAAUGAUUUGGAAAGAAUAUCCCAAACCAACUACAUUCCAACUCAGCAAGAUGUCCUGCGGACACGAGUGAAGACCACGGGCAUUGUGGAAACGCAUUUCACCUUCAAAGACCUGUACUUCAAGAUGUUCGAUGUGGGUGGCCAAAGAUCAGAACGAAAAAAGUGGAUUCACUGUUUUGAAGGAGUGACAGCAAUCAUCUUCUGUGUGGCCCUCAGCGAUUAUGACCUUGUUCUGGCUGAGGAUGAGGAGAUGAACCGAAUGCAUGAAAGCAUGAAACUCUUCGACAGCAUUUGUAACAACAAAUGGUUUACAGACACGUCAAUCAUUCUCUUCCUCAACAAGAAAGAUCUUUUUGAGGAAAAAAUAAAGAGGAGUCCAUUAACUAUCUGCUAUCCAGAAUACACGGGUUCCAACACAUACGAAGAGGCAGCUGCUUACAUCCAGUGCCAGUUUGAAGACCUGAACAGAAGGAAGGACACCAAGGAGAUCUACACCCACUUCACCUGCGCCACCGACACCAAGAACGUGCAGUUUGUGUUCGACGCCGUCACCGAUGUCAUCAUCAAGCACAACUUGAAGGAGUGUGGGCUUUACUGAGCGUGGGGACGUGAACAAAAGUUAUCACAUGUGGGGUGUUGAGACCAGACCUCUCCUGCUGUCUCACUACGCAGCAGCGAGCAUGACCGGGACCAGGGAUGGCGGCAGCAUGCAGAACUCUAGCGCUCUUUAGCACAACCUUCUGUAUUCGGGACUCUUAAUUGACACGAGAUGCUCAAGUCAAACAUGGAAUUGGACAGCCGUAAAGUACGAAUCAAGACAUCACUUGGAUUUCAAAAUCUCAAAUGUUAGGGCAGAUGUGAAGUUGAGGUGCUGCAUUCCAGAACUUCAAUAUGUAGCUUCUUUUUUUCCUUGUUAACAGACCAUCAGUAGUUUAUUUUUUAAGGUGUUUUUUUUUUCCCAUCAAGAAUACAAAAUUUUAUUUCUUUGUUUGCAAAAGAAUCUUUAUUAAAACACACACAGUCUUAACUAUGCACAAGAUAUGAGCAGAUCAUCUUGAAAAUAUUCCUCUUAGUAGGAACUCUUUGUUUUUUAACUCUUGGUAUGGUCAGAAUAUAAUAUUUCUGUACUUGUGUAAUUCUUCAGUUAUUGGGACUAUAAUUACGGCUUUUUUGGAUGAAAUGUGUGUUACUAUUUUGUUGAAAGUACCAUAAUGAUUUCUAAAUGGUAAUUACAGUGGAGAGUUCUGUCUAACUCUCUCUCUCUCUUCUUUUUUUUUUUUUUUUUUAAGCUUAGGGUUGAGGGUUAACCGGGUUUAUGCUGAUUACCAAAUUACUAAAUAAAUGCUUCUGUAGUA